GUUCCUGUCACAUGUCCAGGUGGCCAUUCUCCAGGGAGGCAGUGGGCCCUUCCCCUUUAACCUUAGGAGUCUUGGCACUCAGCCCUAGGGAUGAUGGAGUUCCCUGCUGGGGUCCAAGGGGCUUGUAUCUUGAAGAGGGCAGCAGACAUGCCCCCAUAUGGUGGCUGUUUGGUUCUACCUUCUAGAAGACUGCCAGACCUACUUGUUUCUGUAGAGCACACAGGGUCUCUGCAGAUGCAGCCUGGAGCUGCCUGCCCACUUGCUACUUGUUCAGGAGAGCAACAGUGGGGUAUCAUGGCUCUGCCAAGCUGGUGACACUCCAGUAUGCUGAGCUUUGGUGUCCAGAAGAGCUGAGCCAGGGCCAGGUGGCAAGAGGGUGGGGCAUCCCUCACUGACCGGACCAAGGCUAGUGUGAGGGGGCAGCCACUGGGCCUCGGCCCCUCCUAUGUGCCCUUGAUGCUGCCCUGUGUCACUCACACUCCUCAGAUGCCCCUCACUAUUCACCAAACUAAAGUCACAGGAAACAAUGGCCCAGCAGUGACAGUAGAUCACACCUGGGGACACCCCUGCCUCAAGGUCUGUCAGCUGCCCUGCUGUCAGUGAAGGCCAGCGCUCAGCAGGUGUACUGUACAUGGGUUCAAGGGUUGGGCCUGAGUUCAUUUCCCCUGAAUGGCUGACCUGGCCUGGGCACUUUGUCUGAGACCAAGCUGCAAAAUCAAGGGGCAUAGAUGGAAUUGCAGAGGGCAUCAGUGAAGUGCCCAUCCCUGUGGGGGUAUGUUGGUCGUGCCAAGCCUUGGCAAGGCCCUGGCCAGCCUCCCAGUAUUCAUCGUGGUCCAGAAGAGUGUCCUUUUUCUCAAGACCGUGUCAUUAGAACUGGUACUACAGUUCCUGGAGUGACUGAUAUUAAUGAUUCACUGACAGGAGUGUCUGCCCUGUUUCUCCCUGUGGCCCACAAGGUGAGAGGUUGAGGCUGGAGCAGCUCUGCCCCGACCAGGGAGACCCUGUGGAGAAGGGGCCUUGGCCACCUCAACUUCCCUAGUGAGGUCUUAAGGGCAGGGAGAGGAGACCCCAUGAAUGUACGCCCACAGCCUGGGACAUCUCCCCAGGUGGGGCUGGACACCUUCCUACCCCCGUAGGUGAGGAAGUGUUCUUUUCCUCAGCCGUGUGACUGAGGCACCUGCGACAAGGGACAGACGUAUGAGAGAAAGCCUUUGAAUGUGAGUUUUACAUUACAUGGGAGCCUUCAUAAGGAAACGGUGUCCCAGAGAAGUGGCGAUGCUGAGUGAUUGUGCGCAGGCCUGAGGAAGAGGGAUGGUCCUGACCAAGUGUGCUGGAUGGAGAGUGUGAUCUGAUGGCCAUGAACCAGGAUCUGUCCAGGCGGAGCCUGCUAUUGUCACCCCUCCAGGCCCAGCAGCCUGAGUGCUGUGUGGACGUGAUGGACGCCAACACCACCUGCCCAAGCACAGGCCUGUGUGGCCCAGGCUGCUAUAGACGCUGGAACGCGGACGGGAGCACCAGCUGCAUCCGGUGCAGGAACGGGACGGUGCUGACCUAUAACAGCUCUGAGUGCAGAAGCCUUGCUGCCUGGGGUGCGCAGUUCCCCAUGAACAGAAGCACAGGGCUGCCUGGACGGCCACAUUUUGAUUGUCCACAGUCCUUGGCCCUGAGCCAUCCUGUCCUGACACUGAGCAGGUACAGAUGGGCAAGGAGCAGCUGCCAGCACCCGAGAGGUAGAGUGUGGCAGAAGCACCUGCUGCAGGUUGGAGCUCUGACCCUGCACAGUCUCAGGGGGAGCCUAGGGUCUGAACUUCUGGAGCAUGGAAUUCAUGAAGGCUUCUUCCCCUUUUACCUUCCCCCUCCCUCUCCCCAGGAAGCCUGGGCCUCUGUCCAGGUGUGCUGGCCCCUUGCUCCCUGUGAGGGCUCAGGGGGUUCCCACGUAGCAGCUUCCCUCUUCCUGGGGACGUUCUUCGUCAGCGCAGCUCUCAUCCUCUGUGUGGCUGGGUUCUUCUACCUCAAGCGCUCCAGUAAGCUCCCCAGGGUCUUCUACAGGAGAGACAAAGCCCCAGGCCUGCAGCCUGGCGAAGUCGCUGCAAUGAUCCCCCCACCACAGUCCUCAGUGCGAAAACCAAGAUAUGUCAGGCGCGAGCGGCCUCUGGACCGGGCCAUGGACCCUUCUGCCUUCUCCACAGCAGAGGCCCGAGUCAGCAACGUCUGACCUGGAAGCUGAUCAAGACUGCACUACCUGCAGCUCUGAGGCUGGGGGACUCCUCAAUGAGCCCCCCACACAAAGGGCUUGUCACCUGGGGCUUGGGACAGGCCAGACCUGGCUCCCAGUGAGUGACAGGCUGAAUGGGAACCACCCACUGGUUCUUGAAAGUCCUUUUGCUCCAUCCACACUGCUUGGUUUGACCAACAGGAGCGGGCAGAUGUGAGACUGGGGGCUCAGGCCACCGCCAGACCCACAUAGCCAGAACUGUUAGCAGACGGCAGGGGUCACUAGGCUGCUUUGCACCUUGAGAAACCAGGGGAGGCUCUACCCUCUGGAGUCCAUGGUAGCAGGACCCCUCCAGAACCCCCAGCCCAGUGGCCCCCACAGACCCUCUAAGAGGAGUGAAGCUGAGGCCUGGCCGGCAGGCAGGACGUGGCUGUGAACCAGCUGCCUAAGUCUGAGGCCUCCAGGUCGUCUUGCUCCUGUGGUGGCUGGGAGGCCACAGCCACACCCUCAGGAGCUACAGAACUGAGUUCCCUGAGGCACUGCUGUCCCAAUCCCAGUCCUUGCACCCCAGGCAUGACACACUGGCCAGCAGACACCCAGGCUGGGCACCCACAGUGUCCACACAUGGGUCUUCCACAUCCGAAUCCCCAGGUUUUCGGGCCCGUGGAAGGCAUGCUGGCCAGCGGCCCUUGCCCGGUGGUCCUGUCCCAGCCAUCCCAGGCCACCAGACACUGCCUGCACAUGGCUAGCUUGGCUGGGGCCACCAGCCCAGGCUUCCUGUAGAGGAGGCUCGAUGGUGGCCGCCUCCUACGUGCUGGGCUCAGCACUUAGUGGUCUGUCACCGUCCUCAGGUGUCCUGCCUCAUUUCCAUUGAGCCUGGCCCACUUCUUGGGGACGUGGCUGUGCUCUUGGCACUGUGAUUCUGUGUGCAGCUCAUCAUCCGCGAGUGGUGGACUUGAUCUCCGAGGCUGGCCAGCCACUGGCCCAGCAACAGGGGUGGGGUCCCCAUCUGAAGUCAAGUCGAGUAAACUAUUCAGAGCUUCUCCUUCCCUGCCUU